UCUUCCAACUGUAGCCUAAAAUUUCUAAAUAGGUAGAUAAUACGUAAACAAGGAUUUUAUUCUGUUUUGCGUAAAAGUGAUAACUUGGAACAAUGGGUGAUACGUGUCAAGCUUGCCUUACGAGAAUCCCUCAUGCGACUCUCAUAGCUACAAUAAUGUGUUGUCUGGGCGUGGGGGUAUUUUGUGGAACUAUGUAUCGAGGAUCGGCACUUUCUAUUUUGAUGUUCGAUGAAGUUUUUCACUUUCGUCUAAUAUGGAUCGAGGCAUUGCAGAUGAUAUUCAUCGUCGGUAGUGCUUGUAUGGCUGCAUUGGGUUUCAUGUUGUUAUGUUUAGGUUGCCUAACUACAGGUGCCACUCGACAAAAGGUUUAUCGGGCAUGGAGAGCUAGAGUCGGUGGAAGAAUAUCUUGCGCAAUAUUCAUGAUAAUCACGUACAUUCUCACAUUCACCUGGCUUAUUCUCCUCGGAUUUCUGGUUAUCACCACAUUCUUGUUUACGAUAUUUUGGAAGCUUUGUUCGAAGCCUAGAAACAUAGACUUAUCGACGUGCAUUGAUUUUACUCAAUUUGACUUUAUGUUUCCGUCUUCUGUAAGACAAGAAGAUAUGAAGAUUUGUGAAGCACACAAAGUGAAAUUAUUUUGUAAAGACUAUGUCGAAAAGGCUGAAUUUAUGUUUAUAUUGGCAAUGGUUUCUUGCAUUCUCGUUAUUUUAAGUUUAGUUCACUAUUUGAUGUGUCUGUCUGCUAACUAUGCACACAUCCGUGACCAUGAGAAAUUCCAAGAAUUGCAAGAGCUGCAAUACCUCACAAACCCUGACUUGCAUGCUUCUAAAGACAGAUUCUAGUAUAUGGCCCGCGCACCUUUAUUGCGCUCCCUCGAGGCCACUACUAAAAUGUGACAAAAUUAAGAAAGAUGUUAAGGAACUAUAUUGUGUUCACUGUUUAAAAUAUAGAAAGACUGAAAAUCAGUGGAAAUAAGUAUAAGUAUAGUACAUCUCUUGAUUAUAACAUAUCUUGACAUUUCAACCACUGAAAUUUUGCACUUUAGUGCACAUUUUUUAUAAGAUUGAUUUAUAAUUCAACAUUCCUUAGUUUUAAGAUUGUGAACAUUAUACAGUUGAUAAGUAGCCAUGCAUAUUUGCAAGUAUUAAUCUUCAGUAUUCAGUACUUGUUUUUCAAUGACAGCAAAGACAGAAUAUAAAUAAAUGUUAUUUAGUUUUCCAUUUUGCACAAAAUGUAGACUGUUUUUUUAUUCUGUAUUAGGGUUACAUGAUGAAAAGUUGUUAUAUCCCACUGAAAAAUAGCAAAUUGGAUAGUUUUAAUUAAAAGUAUUUGUAUGUAAUCAUAAUUAUUGUAUCUAGAUAUAAAUCAAAAUUCGUAAUUGAAUAAAACAAUUAUUGUGACAUUGCAACUUACAGUUCAAUUAUAAUAGUACAAUAGAUUUAAUAUAAGAUAAGACAAAAUAUUACUAAUAUGACUCUAAAUUGAUUAUUAUUGUAAAAGUCUAUCUCAAAAUUUCGCUUCCUGUCGACCAUACCGGCUCCCGGUAUGACGGGUAGGGAAAAUCGGAAAAAUGUCAUCGACACCAUAAAGGUUAGAAAUAUGCCAAAAAGUUUUUAAACUAAUUUCAUUACACUUAAUUCAAUUUAUAGUAAAUAUCUUAACACUUUAAAAAUACAACAUAUUGAUUGUAACUUGGACUGUGUACCAGGCCGUUAAAUAUUAGGUUAGAUAUAAAGCAUUUAAAAAUGCAUUUUAAAAUGUUUACAUUAUUUUUUUGUGAAGUUUUUGGUAUCUAUUUACAGCUAUAAGGCACGUCACAGGCUUAAUUUAUAUAAUACAGCUAAAUAUUAAUAAGAUAGUUAUAGCCACAAUAGUUAUAGGGUUAUUUAGCAUAGCUAAGAACAAUUUUGAAAUCUAUUUAUUCAUAACUUUUGUUAUAGUUUAUAUACCUACUCAAAUGUUUAAGACAAUAAUACAAACACUUAAUCAUAGUAUAAUAUCCCGACAUAAAAGGAUUUCUUCCAGUUUUGUAGCCUAGUUUGAGCACUCCAGUAUAUUAUCAUCUUAUAAGUGUACCAAUAAAAUGUUCAUUUUUAA